UUCUGCGAUUUCGGCCAGCGAGGGGCAGGUCCCGCAGUCGCGGCCCCAGGAGCUGGAAUGGGGCCAGCGCGGAGGUGGUGGCAGGGCGGAAACCUAACGGGGCGCGGGGUUCAGCGCAGGGCGGGGGGCGCGUCCCCGGAGAGGAGGCGGCUCGGCGGCUCGGCGUGAGCCCCGCGGGGAGGGCGGACGGCGCAGCCCCGAGCGGCGGGGGGCGCGUCCGGCCGGCGGGGACCGAGGCGGCGGAGCAGCGCCCCGCGCGGGAGUCCGGGAGCGAUGAGAGUGCAGCUCAAGUCCCAGAAAUCCUGGAUUGAAGGAGCGUUCAACAAGAGAGAAUGUAACAAAAUCAUACCUAGCUCAAAAGACCCUCACAGAUGUACUACAGGAUGCCAGGUCUGCCAUAAUUUAAUCAGGUGUCACUGUGGUCGAUUGAUUGGAGACCAUCAUGGGCUAGAUUAUUCCUGGACCAUCUCAACUGCCAAUGAUAAUGAAAAUGAGCAAUGGUCUGUUGAAAAGCACACGACGAAAAGCCCGACAGAUACGUUUGGCACUAUUAAUUUUCAAGAUGGAGAGCAUACCCACCACUCCAAGUAUAUUAGGACUUCUUAUGAUACCAAGUUGGAUCAUCUGUUACAUUUAAUGUUGAAAGAGUGGAAGAUGGAAUUGCCAAAGCUGGUGAUCUCUGUCCAUGGGGGCAUCCAGAACUUCAAGAUGCCCUCCAAACUUAAAGAGAUCUUCAGCCAAGGUUUGGUCAAAGCUGCAGAGACAACAGGAGCAUGGAUAAUAACGGAAGGCAUUAAUACUGGCGUGUCCAAACACGUUGGGGAUGCCCUGAAAGCCCAUUCCUUCCAGUCCUUGAGAAAAAUCUGGACAGUUGGAAUCCCUCCUUGGGGUGUCAUUGAGAACCAGAGAGAUCUUAUUGGAAAAGACGUGGUAUGCCUGUACCAGACUCUGGGCAACCCCCUUAGCAAGCUUACCACACUCAACAGCAUGCAUUCCCACUUCAUCUUGUCCGAUGAUGGGACUGUGGGCAAGUAUGGAAAUGAGAUGAAGCUCAGGAGGAAUCUGGAAAAGUACCUCUCUCUGCAGAAAAUACACAGCCGCUCAAGACAAGGGGUGCCUGUGGUGGGGCUGGUGGUGGAAGGAGGUCCCAAUGUCAUCCUCGCUGUGUGGGAGAUUGUGAGAGACAAAGACCCGGUGGUGGUGUGUGAAGGCACAGGCAGGGCUGCAGACCUCCUGGCCUUUACCCACAAACACUUAGCAGAUGAAGGGGCCCUACGUCCUCAGGUGAAGGAGGAGAUCAUCUGCAUGAUUCAGAACGCUUUUAACUUUAGUCUUAAACAGUCCAAGCACCUUUUUCAAAUUCUAAUGGAGUGUAUGGUGCACAGGGAUUCUAUUACCAUAUUUGAUGCUGAUUCCGAGGAGUCACAAGACCUUGAUUUAGCAAUCCUAACGGCUCUGCUCAAGGGCACAAAUUUAGCAGCAUCAGAACAAUUAAAUCUGGCAAUGACUUGGGACAGAAUGGACAUUGCCAAGAAACACAUUCUAAUUUAUGGACAACAUUGGAAGGCUGGCGCACUGGAACAAGCAAUGUUAGAUGCUUUAGUGAUGGAUCGAGUGGAUUUUGUGAAGCUCUUAAUAGAAUACGGAGUGAACCUACAUCGCUUUCUUACCAUCCCCCGACUGGAAGAGCUCUAUAACACAAAACAAGGACCUACUAAUAUGCUCUUGCAUCACCUUGUCCGAGAUGUAAAACAGCAUACCCUUCUCACAGGCUACAGGAUAACACUGAUUGACAUUGGAUUGGUAAUCGAAUACCUCAUUGGUGGAGCAUAUCGAAGCAGCUACACUAGAAAAAGUUUCAGAACCCUCUACAACAACCUCUACAGAAAACAUAAGCGAGUGACCAGUUUUGCUCAAAGCCUUUCCCAGCCCCCUCUUCACCGAAGACACCCCUCAGGAAAUCAAAAUGAAUCUGCAGAAAGUACGCUGCAUUCCCAGUUCAUUAGAACUGCCCAGCCUUACAAAUUCAAGGAAAAGUCUGUAGUUCUUCAUAAGUCAAGGAAGAAGUCAAAAGAAGAACAAAAUAUAUCAGACGACCUUGAAUCUACUGGCUUUAUUUACCCUUACAAUGACUUGCUGGUUUGGGCUGUGCUAAUGAAAAGACAGAAGAUGGCCAUGUUCUUCUGGCAGCAUGGAGAGGAGGCCACGGUCAAGGCAGUGAUUGCCUAUAAACUCUACCGAGCCAUGGCCCAGGAAGCUAAGGAGAGCAACAUGAUGGAUGAUGCCUCAGAAGAGCUGAGAAAUUAUUCAAAACAGUUCGGCCAACUUGCUCUGGAUGUGUUGGAGAAAGCAUUCAAGCAGAAUGAAAGAAUGGCCAUGAAACUGUUGACCUAUGAACUCAAGAACUGGAGCAAUUCUACUUGUCUGAAACUGGCUGCGUCUGGAAGAUUGCGGCCCUUUGUUUCACACACUUGCACCCAAAUGCUACUGACAGACAUGUGGACCGGGCGCCUGAAAAUGAGGAAAAACUCUUGGUUAAAGAUCAUCAUAAGUAUUCUUUUUCCACCCACCAUUUUGUCAUUGGAAUUUAAAAGCAGAGCAGAGAUGUCACACGUUCCCCAGCCCCAGGACUUCCAGUUUGUGUGGUAUUAUGGUGACCAGAACGCCAGCAGUGCGAAAGAAAGCGCUUAUACGAAAGACUAUGAUUUGGAAAGAGGCCCUGAUGAGAAACUAGAUGAAAAUCAGCACUUUGAUUCAAAGAGCGAUCCCCAAAGCCUUCCAUGGACCAGGAAAAUCUAUGAGUUCUACAAUGCUCCAAUUGUCAAGUUUUGGUUUUAUACGAUGGCAUAUUUGGCAUUCCUCAUGCUGUUCACUUACACUGUGUUGGUGGAGAUGCAGCCCCAGCCCAGCGUGCAGGAGUGGCUUGUUAUCAUUUAUAUCUUCACCAAUGCCAUUGAAAAAGUCAGGGAGGUCUGUAUUUCAGAACCUGGGAAGUUUACUCAAAAGGUGAAGGUAUGGAUUAGUGAGUACUGGAACGUGAUAGAAACUGUGGCUAUUGGCCUGUUUUCAGUUGGCUUCGGCCUCCGGUGGGGCGAUCCUCCUUUGCACACAGCGGGAAGACUGAUAUACUGCAUAGACAUCAUAUUCUGGUUCUCACGGCUCCUGGACUUCUUUGCUGUGAAUCAACAUGUAGGUCCGUAUGUGACCAUGAUUGCAAAAAUGACAGCAAACAUGUUCUACAUUGUGAUCUUGAUGGCCAUAGUCCUGUUGAGCUUUGGAGUGGCCCGCAAGGCCAUCCUUUCGCCAAAGCAGCUUCCAUCUUGGAGUCUUGCUCGAGAUGUUGUAUUUGAGCCAUACUGGAUGAUUUAUGGAGAAGUCUAUGCUUCAGAUAUAGAUGUUUGCGAAAGCCGCCCGUCUUGCCCUCCUGGUUCUUUUCUUACUCCGUUUCUCCAAGCUGUCUACCUCUUCGUACAGUAUAUCAUCAUGGUGAACCUGUUGAUUGCUUUUUUCAAUAAUGUUUACAUGGAUAUGAAAUCCAUCUCCAAUAAGCUAUGGAAAUACAAUCGCUAUCGCUAUAUCAUGACCUACCACCAGAAGCCUUGGCUGCCCCCACCUUUCAUCCUGCUGAGCCAUGUUGGUCUUCUCCUUCGCCGGCUUUGCCAUCAUCAGGCCCCAAAUGACCAAGAGGAGGGUGAUGUUGGAUUAAAACUCUAUCUGAGUGAGGAGGAUCUGAAAAGACUUCAUGAUUUUGAAGAGCAGUGUGUGGAAAUAUACUUCCACGAGAAGACGGAAAGUCUGAAUAAUAGCUAUGAGGAACGAAUCCGAGUAACAUCAGAAAGGGUUACAGAGAUGUACUUCCAACUGAAAGAAAUGAAUGAAAAAGUGUCUUUUAUAAAGGACUCUUUACUGUCCUUGGACAGCCAAGUGGGACAUCUGCAGGACCUCUCUGCCCUGACAGUGGAUACCCUAAAAGUACUUUCUGCUGUUGACACCUUACAAGAGGAUGAGGCUCUCCUGGCCAGCAGAAAACACACUACUUGCAGAAAACUUCCCCACAGCUGGAGCAAUGUCAUCUGUGCAGGGGUUCUAGGCAGCGUGGAGGUCUCUGGGGAGAAGAAAUACCAGUAUUAUAGCAUGCCUCCUUCUUUGCUGCGGAGCCUGGCCAGAGGCCAGCACACCCUGAGAGUACAGAGGGGGCCCCUUCUUGAGAUCACAGACAAUCUGAGAGAGGCUUCAAAUAUAAGAGAUGAGCAGGAAAAGCAAGAAACAGAAACUGCUAUAGUUGCUCCUGGGGUGUCCCUUCAUGGGCAAGGGCAGCCGAAGUAUGGCCAGUUUCUCCUGGUCCCUUCUGAUCUAAAGCGAGUUCCUUUCUCUGCAGAAACUGACUUGCCUCUGUUCAGAGCAUCCAUGGAAGCAGGAACAAAGGUGCUGGCAACUGAACAGGUCCCCCAGGGUGAAGUGCCUGUUCAUCUGACUUGGCAGACCCCACCUGUCUCAGCUCAGGGCUCAGUGGCCGAACCCGAGGCACGGUACAGGUCAAUCGCUCAGACACCGGCCAGACAAGACGAGGCGGAGCAAGGUCUCCCCACUCUGAUUUGCACAUCUGUGCCAAUGCAAGUGACCUCCCUCCCCUCCCAAGUAGAGAGCAUGGGAACUGGAGGUGGAUAUGUGAACUGGGCAUUUUCAGAAGGUGAUGAAACUGGCGUGUUUAGCAUCAAGAAAAAAUGGCAGACCUGCUUGGCCUCCACGAGUAACAGUGACUCUAAAGAGAGUGGCCAAGGCCAGAGGAAGAUCCGGGCCAGAUCCCUAUCUGAUAACUCAUCAAGCUUGGCCCCUAGUAGUGACUGCUCAGAGGUAGGACCAUGGCUACAGCCAAACACAUCCUUUUGGAUCAAUCCUUUCCGCAGAGAUAGGCCCUUCACUCGGAGUCAUAGUUUGAGAUUCCACAAGGAGGACAAACUGAAGAUCUCUAAGAUUAAAAAUCUUUCAAGAUCCUCAGAGAUAGGGCAGUUAGCAUGGAUCAAAACAAAAAUGCUAAUCAAGGAUAAGAGAUCGUCAAAGAAAAAGAAGAAAACACAAGAACUACAGGUGCCAGUCAUAACGGUCGACACCUGUUCUCAAAAUGACCAAUUGGAUUCAGAGCCAGGAGAAAAUAAAAUCUCAGAAGAAGAGGUCUGCAGCAAGAACUGGCUCACAGUGUCCAAAUUUAAUCAGAUAAGUCUAGAACCCUCUCUAUAUCAGAAAAUGAAAACUAAAGAAAAGGAACAGCAUGCCAUACAAGUCAGUGAUUAUUUAAAGCAGUCUCAAGAGGAUCUGAGCAAAAAUUCAUUGUGGAACUCUAGGAGCACUAACCUCCCUAGGAACUCCCCGUUGAGAAGUUCAAAUGCAGCUGACAAAAUCUCAGCCUCCUUAAAAAGCCCUCCAGAGCCUCACCAUCAUUAUUCAGCCAUUGAAAGGAACAAUUUAAUGAGGCUUUCUCAGACUAUACCAUUUACUCCAAUCCAACUGUUUGCAGGAGAAGAAGUAACUGUCUACAGGCUGGAGGAGAGCUCCCCUCUGAACCUUGAUAAAAGCAUGUCUUCUUGGUCCCAGCGAGGGAGAGCUGCGAUAAUCCAGGUGUUGUCCCGUGAGGAGAUGGAUGGUGGGCUCCGUAAAGCCAUGAGAGUCAUCAGCACUUGGUCUGAGGACGAUGUUCUCAAGCCAGGGCAGGUUUUCAUUGUGAAGUCCUUUCUUCCUGAGGUGGUACAGUCAUGGCACAAAAUCUUCCAGGAGAGUACUGUGCUUCAUCUUUGCCUCAGGGAAAUCCAACAACAAAGAGCUGCUCAAAAACUAAUCUAUACCUUCAACCAAGUAAAACCACAAAACAUUCCCUACACACCAAGGUUCCUAGAAGUUUUCUUAAUCUACUGCCAUUCGGCCAACCAAUGGUUGACCAUUGAGAAGUACAUGACAGGAGACUUCCGGAAGUACAACAACAACAACGGUGAUGAAAUUGCCCCCAGCAACACCUUGGAGGAGCUGAUGUUGGCUUUCUCUCACUGGACCUAUGAGUACACCCGGGGAGAGCUGUUGGUUUUAGAUUUGCAAGGUGUUGGAGAAAAUUUGACUGAUCCAUCUGUUAUAAAACCUGAAGACAAACAAUCAAGAGGAAUGGUGUUUGGACCAGCCAAUUUAGGGGAAGAUGCAAUUAGAAACUUCAUUGCAAAACAUCGUUGCAACUCCUGCUGCCGGAAGCUCAAACUCCCGGAUUUAAAAAGAAAUGACUAUUCCCCUGGAAGGAUAACUUCCACUUUUGGACUUGAUAUCAAAAUGGAACCCACGGAGGGGGCUCUGGCAAGGAACACGGAGAGGAACUCUCCAGAAGAUGUCACACGACUGUAAAAAGAGAAGGAGAAGCGAGAGGAUUCCAGCCGUUGCCCUCCUUCCCGUGAUAUCUUUGGCAACAGAGGUGGAUUGGAGUAACGUAGGUGACACCAGAGCCUCUGUCAGGAUGGCUUUACCCUGUGGCCCUCCUUGAGACACGCCUUCUGAGCCUCAAGUCUCACCUGCCGAAAGACCUCACUGGUGUCUGAUGAACGGGUUCUCCCAGAUACUGACCUGGGCGCAUGGUGCUCUGCAUGCGCUCAUCCUCCUGCAGUUUGGUGGGAAGACACUCAGAUGAUCCAGUGGGAAGACUGCUCCUUCCUACCUCAUUGCUUUAGCUGGUGGCUUAGAACCCCUGGA